AUGUUGAACCUCCCCCUCGCAGAUUCAUGCCACACUGCUUUGAAGCCUUCUGAGUCCCCUCGAGAUCAUGACAGCACCGCAUUUCCAAGCGAGGCUGCUUCUCGCAAUUGGACACGCCAAGCCUCGCCAGAUACAGAUGUGACGCCUGUGGGUCGUACUGUGGACUUCCAGCAGUUGAAGGCCGCAGUUCUUCGGGCGAAACUGGAACGUUGCCAUGGCGAGUGUGAAGGCAGUCCUCAACAACACGAUGAUGACGAGGAGGAAUCUGCGGUUGCCGUCCAUCGUAUUGCAAUGGCAGCUCGACGAUAUGCCUCUGGCUCACCGAGCGACUCUGAAGAUGAUGAUCCGGAGACUGUGAGAAGGCUUUGCGUGGCUGUGCGACGCCUUGCAAAAGGGCAGUAG